UCUGACCACGCCCACUCGCUCUGGCCACGCCCCCUUCCCCGCUCUCCCCGCGCCCGCCAACCGGAAGUGGCUCCUCGGCGCGACCCGGAAGUGGUGGUGCGGGCGGCGCGCGCGAGGAGCGGAUACGCGAGGAGAGGAACGGAACGGAACGGAGCGACCAUGAGUUUGCUGAACAAGCCCAAGAGCGAGAUGACGCCGGAGGAGCUUCAGAAACGGGAGGAGGAGGAGUUCAACACGGGGCCCCUCUCGGUGUUGACGCAGUCGGUGAAGAACAACACGCAGGUUCUCAUCAACUGCCGCAACAACAAGAAGCUCUUGGGCCGCGUCAAGGCCUUCGACAGGCAUUGCAACAUGGUCCUGGAGAACGUCAAGGAGAUGUGGACGGAGGUACCCAAGAGCGGGAAGGGGAAGAAGAAGUCCAAGCCCGUCAACAAGGACCGUUACAUCUCCAAGAUGUUCCUACGUGGAGACUCCGUCAUCGUUGUCCUCCGCAACCCCCUCAUCGCCGGCAAAUAGGAAAGAGGGGGGCUUCGAAGGGAUCAAUAAACGCCCCCUUUGGAUCAAUAAAUGGCCCCUUUGGAUCAAUAAAUGACCCCUUUGGAUCAAUAAAUGACCCCUUGGAUCAAUAAACGCCCCCUUUGGAUCAAUAAAUGACCCCUUUGGAUCAAUAAAUG